AUGGUCGGUCACGGCAUGACGGGGAUGCUCGGUGAAGAUGGUAUUCAUGUCGAUAUGAACCACCUGAAGAAGGGUGAAGUUAAUAUGGCAAUCAACUUCAAGGACGGUGUUAUAUUGGGUGCCGACAGCCGAACGACCACUGGAGCUUACAUCGCCAACCGGGUUACCGACAAACUGACACAGGUGCAUGACACGAUUUGGUGCUGCCGCUCGGGGUCGGCCGCUGACACACAGGCUGUGGCUGAUAUUGUAUCCUACCAUCUCAACAUGUACUCGAUCACAAACAACGAGGCGCCCAGCACUCAGGUUGCCGCCGCACUGUUCCAGGAGCUGUGCUAUGAGAACAAGGACAUGCUAAGUGCUGGCAUCAUUAUUGCUGGAUAUGAUCCUCGGCACGGAGGACAAGUUUACUCGAUACCUCUGGGCGGAUCCCUCCACAAGCAAUCGUACUCCAUCGGCGGAUCUGGUUCAACCUAUAUCUACGGCUACUGCGAUGCAAACUGGAAGGAGAAUAUGACUGAGGAAGAAGGCGUCCAGUUUGUUCGGUCAGCUCUGCAGGAGGCGAUCAAGUGGGAUGGUAGCUCUGGCGGUGUGAUCCGGAUGGUGGUUUUGACGGCCAAGGGCGCUCAGCGACAUCUCUACCUGCCGGACACGGGUUACACUGGCCCAGGUGUUACCAACUAA